AUGUACUAUGUAAUACAUUAUUUGGAUGAAAAAAAGAAAUACUUCAAAGAAAUAUCGAUUCUACUAGAUUUCAUGUUACCAUCAUGGACUCCGCUAUCAACUAUGGAUUCAUCGUUACAUUCCAAUUAUGAAACAUUAUUUCCACUUGUUUACAAUAUAACGAAUUCAUGGAAAGAUUUGGAUAUAGAAAAUGAAAAUGCUCAAAAAUUGUAUGGAAAAUGUUCACGAUGUUCGUCAACAUGCCAAUCAAAUUUAGCUUUAUAUUAUUUAUCGAUAAUUAAUACAAAUGUUGUUAAAUUAGAUAAUUUAUCGUUAGUAUCAAUUGCGCUUCUUGAAUUACGUGUUUACAAUACUUAUGGACAUUUACAAGAGCCUAUGAUUAAGUGUUGUAAAUUUGUGUUAGAAAAUACUGAUUGCGAUUACAUGAAAACACGAGUAUUACAGAUGCUUUGUUUGGUUGGUAUUCCAUUAGAUGAUCCAUUGUGGAGUCAAUUGAAUUCAUUUAUUGAAUUCUUAAGUACGCAAGCGGUAAAGGGAGAUAAAUCUACUGCAAAUAAUCGAUUAAUUUUAGCAAAUUUAUAUAUUUUAAAGUAUUCGAGCAUAAUUCAAAAUUUAAUGAAACAAAAAAUAAAUGAAUUGUUAUUUUCUGGAGUAAAUACCGUGGAUGAAAUACCAUGCGACGGUGUAUCAAUUAGAAAUGAAGAAGAUAAUUUCAAAAAUAUUGAAAUGUCUAUAUCAAAUUGGCUGAUAGUGCUGGAUACUAAACACGAUUUAACUGACGAAAUCAAUGAUUACAAUACGCUAAAAAUUAUCUAUCAUCUGAUCAAUGUUACCGAAUUACAUAAUCAUUCGAUAUACACAAUUCAAUUAAUUUUAAUAUUAUAUCGAAUGUCUUUGUUUGCUAAAAAUAGUUUAUAUCAAAUGCGAGCAUUAAUUUAUUUAUUAAAGUAUGUUCAAUGUUCGGAAUUAUAUACACAAAUAGUGGAUGAAGGAAAACAUAUAUUAAAAAAUUUAUACAAAGAUGAUAACAACAAGAAUUCGGAUAAAUGUUAUUUAGAAUUAUCCUUUUUAUUGAAUCAAAGUUAUAAUUUAUUAAUGCGUAAACAAUUUACCGAAGGAUAUCAAAUAUUGAAAAUUGCUCAAGAUGAAUUUAGUGGAAGUGAUAUGGAAAUACAACAUAGUAGAAUUUUUAGAGCUCAAAUUGAUUUUCUUCGAUUAAAAUAUUAUAAUUUACCAUGUGAAAUUUCUGUUGAUCAAGAACAUAAGUCUUUGUUAUCGCAGACAAGCGAAUGUUAUGAAUUUAUUGCAGCUUUGUUAAAGAGAACAUCACAACGUAACGAGCAAUCAGAUAAUUUAUUACGAAUACUUCAAUACUUUAUCGAGAUAUCACAAUGGAUUAUAAAUUUAUAUUUAAACUUGAACCAACCACGAGAAUCAAGAUGUUACAUAAAAAAUAUCCUAAAAAUGUUAUCAACAUUAAAUUUACCAUUACGUUAUGCACAAAUGCUUUGUUUACAAAACAUGUAA